CUCCGGCCUCCCGGGGCUGCGGUGCCGCUCGCUCGGCAGCGCCUUCGCCGUCCUCCCGCCGGACGAGGUGUUAUAAUUUCAAGAAAUGCUGCGACAUAUUUGAAGAACAACACUCACAGAAACUUCUGUUGUGUGAAAAUUUUUAAAACUAGAAUGGCCUUGAAAAAGACACCUAAACUAUUUAAGACAUUUUUUCACUGGAAACUUUGGAAGUUUAGCAUUAUUGUAUUUGUCUUUCUGGUAUUUUUAUUUUUAUUACAAAGAGAAGUGGGUGUUCAAGAUUUUAAGGAUGAAGCAGGGAUUGAGCCAGUUGUUGGAAAGAAAAGUCACGUAUUAGGUCUUGUGUUAAAUGCUAUGAACAAUAUCAAAGGUGCAAAGCCCAAAAUGCAGAUAAAAGCACCCAUUAGGCAAACUAAGGUUCCUGGAGAGAGACACUGCUUGCCAGGGCACUAUACUCCAGUGGAACUGAAGCCCUUUCUGGAUCGGCCUCUUCAAGAUCCUAAUGCUCCUGGAGCUUCUGGCAAAGCGUUUAAAACCAUCAACCUGAGUUCAGAAGAACAGAAAGAAAAACAGGCUGGAGAAGAGAAACACUGUUUUAAUGCAUUUGCAAGUGAUAGGAUUUCUUUACACCGAGAUCUUGGACCAGACACUCGACCUCCUGAAUGUAUUGAACAAAAGUUUAAGCGCUGCCCGCCGUUGCCAACCACAAGCAUUGUCAUCGUUUUCCAUAAUGAGGCAUGGUCAACUCUGCUCAGAACUGUGCACAGUGUGAUGUACACAUCCCCUGCCAUCCUGCUGAAAGAGAUUAUUUUGGUGGAUGAUGCCAGUGUAGAUGAAUACCUGCAUGAUAAACUAGAAGAAUAUGUGAAACAGUUUCAGAUAGUUAAAGUAGUCCGUCAGAAGGAAAGAAAAGGUCUGAUCACUGCACGGUUGUUGGGAGCUUCAGUAGCAACAGGAGAGACCCUCACCUUCCUGGAUGCUCACUGUGAAUGCUUUUAUGGCUGGUUAGAGCCAUUAUUGGCAAGAAUAGCUGAGAAUCCUGUUGCUGUUGUAAGCCCUGACAUUGCUUCUAUCGAUCUCAAUACCUUUGAAUUCAGUAAACCAUCUCCUUAUGGGCAUAGCCACAACAGAGGAAAUUUUGAUUGGAGUUUGUCAUUUGGAUGGGAGUCUCUUCCUAAACAUGAGAAUAAAAGAAGAAAGGAUGAAACCUAUCCAAUUAGAACACCUACUUUUGCUGGAGGUCUCUUUUCAAUAUCAAAAGAGUACUUUGAACACAUUGGAAGCUAUGAUGAAGAAAUGGAAAUAUGGGGAGGUGAAAAUAUAGAAAUGUCUUUCAGAGUAUGGCAGUGUGGUGGACAGUUGGAGAUCAUGCCUUGCUCUGUUGUUGGCCAUGUCUUUCGCAGCAAGAGUCCCCAUACUUUCCCAAAAGGUACUCAGGUGAUCACACGUAACCAAGUUCGCCUUGCAGAAGUGUGGAUGGAUGAAUAUAAAGAAAUAUUUUACCGAAGAAACACAGAGGCAGCAAAAAUUGUGAAACAAAAAACAUUUGGAGAUAUAUCAAAAAGACUUGCUUUAAGGCAGCGCCUGCAGUGUAAAAAUUUUACCUGGUACCUCACUAAUAUUUAUCCAGAAGCAUAUGUGCCAGACCUGAAUCCUUUGUUUUCUGGAUAUUUAAAAAAUAUAGGUAACCGCAUGUGUCUGGAUGUUGGUGAAAAUAACCAUGGUGGCAAACCGCUGAUUAUGUAUUCUUGUCAUGGACUUGGAGGAAACCAGUACUUUGAAUAUUCUGCACACCGCGAAAUUCGCCAUAACAUUCAGAAGGAGCUUUGUCUGCAUGCUUCCAAGGGACCUGUGCAGCUUCGAGAGUGCUCUUACAAAGGCCAGAAAACCUUUGCUGUUGGGGAGGAGCAGUGGCUGCACCAGAAGGAUCAAACUCUGUACAAUGAAGCACUACAUAUGUGCCUUACAGGGAAUGGAGAGCAUCCGAGUUUGGCAUCCUGUAAUCCAUUCGACCCCUUCCAGAAGUGGAUCUUUGGCCAGAAUGAUUAAUAUUUGAUAUUACAGGCCACAAGCAUUUUAUUAAAAGAAAAGAACCAUUCUGAACUGUGAUCAUAUGCAUAUACUGGAUUUUUUUGUGAUCGUUUAAAUGCAAAAUGUUUAAACAGUUUCUUUUCCCUCUUAAGCUGGAUAUAAAAUGUGUCAUAAGAGAUUCCCUGGGACUCUGGUAUACCAAAGAUCAUUGGGAUCCUGGUUAUAUUUUGUUUACAAUAUUUCUAUGAUAAGACUUUAUAUGUUGACCACUGAUUUAUGGAUCCUGUUCGUUCUCUUACCUUAGGGGCCAUAUGUGGGGUUUUUUUGACAUACUGUAAGUACUUCUGAAGAAGACUAAUUUUCUCUGUAGUGUUGUGAGAAAUUAUUGUCUGCUGUCUAAAACCCAAUACACUUUAUAUGUAUGUUUUUAUGCUCAAAUGGCUGACUUUAUUUUUUAUUAUAAUUUACUUAGUAAAACUUUCUCAAUAUUUUUUUAGUUUCUUCACUUAAAAAAUUAGACCAUCAGGUCAAAGCCAAAUAGGAUACCACAUUGUGCUCAGCUUCUAGGAAGUCAGUUGUUUUUUAGAAGAAAAAUGUAAUUUCACUAAAAUAUGUAUUUAUGAUUAUUUUAAUGGAAAAUCUGCUUAUUUUGAUACUAAUCUUUUGUUUAGCCAAAACUUAUUGUAUAGGUUUUUUUAUAUUUCAUGCACUUAAAAAAUUAUUAUAAAGUUUUAUUGUGGUAGGCUGCUGAGCUGCUUAACAUUCACACAUUUUUUUCAGCAUUCUGUUCAUUACUGUUUGUAAAUUACAUGUUAUCUAGUAAACUUCUGCCCCUACCUUCUAGUGUUUUAUGCAAUAUUUACCUCAGAGGUUUCUAAUGCUAUCCAUAUGUAAUUUCUUGUGCCAACACUUGCAUAUUAAUUUUUUUUCUUGUUUGUUUUCCCUGUUACAAAGGACUGAUCUCAGAUUUAUCAGUCUGAGUGAGACCUUGGCCUUCCUAACUAUUCUGCUAAUUAUAGAAAAGAAUAUAGCAUCAUCAAAUAUAUAAUAUUUUUUUUUAAUUUAUAAAGUGAAGACAAAAGUAUUUGGCUGCAUGAUCAAAUAUAAAGCUGAGAAUAAAUUUGAAGGAGUGGGUAUUAAAAGCCAAAUAGGACAAAAAUACACUAAUAAUAAAUCUGUUCUUUUGUUGUAGUAAGUAAGUAAUAUCAUUACAGAUAAAUGUUAACUUAAGUCUGGCGGAUGAAUGGAUAAUGAUGUGGAGUUUUUUUUUUACUUCUGUGGUGGGGAGAGAGCCUGUUUGUAAUUUAAUGGUACCUAGUUCCAUUUCUGAAUAAAAGCAAGUAAAAUUCUUUUCAGUACUUCUAAGUCAUCUAAAAGACAAAAAAGUAUAUAAGCAAGGACCAAUGACAAUUUGCCAGAAGCUUUAAUGCUAAUUUAUUUUUCAGGAUUGAUAAUGCCUUUGAGUUGUGUCUCAGCUUUUGUAAGGCUUUUGGACAACCUGCUGAGAGUAUCCCAGGAAAUUAAAGCUGUACAACUUAAAAUAACUUGAUACAGAGUGAACAGAAAUUGUUGAAAAGACUGUACCAGGAAGGGUUAUUUAUGCCACCAAAACUGGAAGGUUGUGUAGAACAACACUGCACAAAGAUCUCCCUGCGUCCUCUGAUGAAUAUUUUAAUUUGGUAAUGGAAUGCAAAGCAUUAUUACUUCUGCAGAUCAAACCAAUAUUUGAAGGCCAGUACACACAUUUGAUAAAAUGGGGGAAUUGAGGAAGAAUGUAACACAGGUCAGUGAUAAAAUUGUUGAAUAUGAAUGGAGGAUGGGAGAUUACACAGAGAGCAACUGUGUUGUGCUGAACUUGGGUAUGGAAUGGAAACUCAGUGUCCAAGGAACCUGUUCUAGAAGACAAGGUAUUGAGCAUACCAGUUUAAAUGUACUUGUUCUUUUAGUUCUCAGUUCAUGUUAUAGAGAAAAUGCAUUAUUUUUAAUAUCAGUAAAGGAUCAUUUCUUCAUGCAA